AUGAAUUCAACUUCUGAGUCCCGCCUUUCGACUGGCGAUUUUCAAGACAAGAAAACGGGCGAAACUACAACAAACGGUGUGCCGUCAGGACCUCCAGUACGAACUUUACCGCAACAGACAGAAGAACAAUUGGAAGCUACGCCACAUACGGACUAUCAGGACAAACUAUGGACGCAGAUCGAUGUUUUGGAUGAUGUGCGCCGGAUGGCUCGAGAAAAGGACGCUUCAGGAGGAUUUCCAGCUGGGUUUGAGCCGCAGCUCAAAGAACUGAGGAAAGCACACGUAAAGCUGUUACACACGAUGAAGACAAGACGGGACGCUAGCGAACAAAACGACAACGGCGACAAUAACGACAAAGACAACGAGGAACAAAUGCGGCUUGUGGCAGACGUUACGCGUUGUUUACGCGGGCUGAGAGACUAG